AUUCAGUUUUGAUUUUGUUUAAAUGUCUGAGCCCCAAUUUUGAAAUCGUAUAAAAAGAAUUGAUUGUCGAUCGAUAAUUAUCAAACAUUGAUUUGCAAUCACAGCAAUCACAAGAGAUUUAUUGAAAAGUUCUUUUAUUGAUCUAAAAGUAGUUUCAAUUAUGAAAAUCUUCACUCUGACAUUUGUCCUGUUGGCAGCUUUUGCUGUAGUGGCCUUGGCCGAACCUGAGCCCGAACCAGUUAAAGCUUCCAGAUAUCGUGCGGCUCAAAUUAUCGAAGAUGAUGUUAAAGAUGCUGAUGAUCAUGAUCAGUUGGAAAAUGAUGAAGUUGUUGUUAAUGAUGCCUCAAAGAAAGGUGAUGCUUCUAGUGGUCGCUUGUUUAUGAAAAAGUUCGUAUUGUUCAAGAACAUGUUCGGCCAGAACCAAAAGCAACCCAUUAUACCCAUUAUUAUUACUGGAGCUAAUUCCGAUGAUGGCAUUGGUUUGUCACCAACGACCACAACUAUUACAUCAGAUGGUACCAUACCUACUGCUACUGGAACUAUUACAACUGAAACUUUAAGUCCCACUGGAGCUGGUGCUGGUCCUGAACCCGGAGCAGGAGCUGGAGCGGGAAACGAAGGUGAAGCAGUUAACCGUAUUCACCUUUAUGGUCGCGGCUCAUCUAGCGAUAAUGACAAGGAAGCCGAGGAAGAAGGUGCCAUUGUUGACGAACAUACAUUAGCUGCUGCUUUGGCAGCUGGAGCUGAGGAAUAUGUUGUUACCGAUCAAGAAAUUCAGGGUACUUCCGAUGCUAAGGCCAAUAAUGGCCCAGCUCGCAUUAACUUAAGACGUCGUGGUACUAAACGUGGUCAAGUUGUCAGUGUACGUGUACCAGCCAGAUAUCGUGGCUACUUCAAAAAUGGUCAACGUGUUAUUUUGAACAACAACAAGAGAACUCGUCCCGUUAAACGCCGCGUCAUUAAGAGACGCACCAAUCGCAGACGCCUCAAUAAGAAUAAGAACAAACGUCGUCGCAUUGUGGUUGCCUAAAAUUGCAAAAGUUAAAAGGAAAAGAA